AUGAAUAUCUUCCAGAAACUUGCGGGCUACCCCAGCCUGCUUUUGGCCGGUAAACCUUCAAAAGCCGAUCUGGGCAUGCUAUUGGUGGGCGUACUAUCUGCAAUUGCAUCUGGCGUCCCGUUUCCAUUAAUUGGAAUACUGUUUGGCCAGCUUCUUGACGAUUUCAAUGCAGCAACGUGUGGUUCAUCCGAAACUCCGGACUCGGGAUCCGAGUAUCAAAAAAGCAUCAACGACAAAAUCCUGGUGAUUGUGUAUCUAGCCAUUGCUCAAUUUGUUACGAUCUAUGCCCACCUCUCAUGCUGGAGUCUGACCGGCGCACGGCUGGCGCAGAGAUUACGAGAAAGUUAUCUCCAGAAUUUGCUCCGACAAGAGCCGUCGUACUUCGACAAUCUGCCUCCGGGGGAAGUCGCCUCUCGACUUAAUGGCGACAUCCAGACAAUCCGCUCGGGCACAUCUGAGAAAGUGGGAGUAUGCCUCUCAAGCCUGUCCUUUUUUGUUACAGCGUAUAUCGUAGCUUUCAUCAAGGACUACAAGCUUGCAGCAAUGCUACUCUCGUUAAUUCCGGCAUUUUUCUUGAUGGGGUUCGUUGGAAGCCAUUACAUCGAGAAAUUCUCUGGUCUCAUGUCGGAUUAUACCGCUACUGCUGCAUCAAUUGCUUCGGAAACGCUUUCCAACAUCGUCGUGGUGCAGGCCUUCGGCGCAAACGCACGGCUGGAGAAUAAAUUCUCGAAGGCACUCAAAUCUUCAGAACGUGAAGGCUUGAAGAAGGCUACCGCGGUUGGCAUACAAUCUGGGGUCUUGUAUUUUAUCGCCUAUUCUGCGAAUGGUCUGGCAUUUUGGCAGGCAAGCAAACGUAUUGCAGAAGCAGUGCGUCAAGACUCGCAGGGCGCCACCGUGGGAGCUACGUUUACAGUAAUUUUUAUUCUAGUCGAAGCUACCUUGCUCUUGAGUCAAGUUGCACCGUUUCUCCACCUGUUUAUAGCGGCCAUUGCCUCGUUUCAGAAGUUGCGGGAGGGCAUCGAUCGCGAGCCGCUAAUUGAUGGCACUAUGGCUUUGGGCCUUCGUCUCUCACAGACAGAGGGCGGCUUCGAGUUUAAAAAUGUUUCAUUCACUUAUCCCUCUAGGCCAGAGAUCACCGUUCUUGACCAAAUUAAUCUUAGCAUUCCUUCCAACAAGCAUACUGCCAUUGUCGGACUUUCGGGAAGUGGCAAGUCGACUAUCGCGGGACUGGCCACAAGAUUGUAUGACCCCACGCAAGGACAAAUUCUCUUUGAUGGCCGUGAUCUUCGUGAUCUCAAUACCCAUGACUUGAGGAGUUUUUUAAGUCUGGUGCAGCAGGAGCCGUCUCUCCUCGACCGUUCUCUUUUGGAGAAUAUUGCACAUGGCUUGAUGAAUUCUAGCGAUCCUAGCCACGCACGUUUGAAGAUAGCACUUCUUAGUUCCGGCCUUGCAGAUCUAGCAAGCGAGGUUAGGGAGGGUAAGUCUCUUUUGGCCGCAGCAGAGGAACGGGGCUCGGAAAUCGUUGAAAUUGUUUCGUUGGUCCGAAAGGCUGCGGUGCUUGCAGAUGCAGAUGCCUUCAUUGUCGCUUUGCAAUAUGGAUACGGCACGAUUGUGGGUUCGAGUGGGCGGCUAAUCAGCGGUGGCCAGAAACAACGAGUGUCCCUCGCCAGGGCCCUUGUCAAGGGUCCUGCGGUUCUCAUCUUGGACGAAGCCACGGCUUCUCUAGAUUCAAGAAGUGAACAGCGUAUCCAACAGGCUAUCUCAAACAUUGCUAGCGGUAGAACCAUGAUCACGAUUGCUCAUCGCCUGUCGACGAUCACCAACGCGGACAAUAUCAUUGUUAUGCACAAAGGGCAUAUCGUUGAGGAGGGAAAUCAUUCGGUAUUGAUGGCUAGGAAUGGAGCAUAUGCUGAUCUCGUCAAAUUGCAAACUCUCGGAUCCGGGAUGAAUGAAGCAACAGCCAGCAGAGACAGCGUCAACGAAUCUGAUAGGACCUCUUUGACAGACGCUGAUAUCGAAAAGAACAGUCUAUCAGACGACCGCCUUGCAGCCGCCGAGAAAACCGAGCUCUCAACAUGCAAAGCUACCGUCACCGACUCCGCAGAAGAACAGGAAGAGCCUGAGACCCCUUCCAAAUCUUUGUGGGCUCUAGUUCGAGGGUAUGCGCCAGCCUUGAGGCCACACCUUCUCAUAAUUGUUGUCGCCCUUCUUGGCUCGAGUGUUGUCGGCGGAGCCUUCUCUGGCGAAGCCGUGAUCUUCGGAAAUACCGUUGGAAGUCUAAAUCCCUGUAACGACCCAGCUAGUAUUCGAUCUCGAGGCAACUUCUUUGGGCUUAUGUUCUUCAUACUUGCAAUCAUCGAGUUCUUCGGGAAUCUAAUCAGCUGGUCCGGAUUUGGCUGGGUCUCUGAGAAAAUUGUCUACACAGUGAGGGUCUUAUCAUUUCGGUCACUGUUGGAGCAAGACCUUCAAUGGCAUCAGUCUGAAGGCCGAACACCUGCCCUGCUCCUCUCCUACAUUACUAGAGAUGGCAGUGCCUUGGCUGGCUUGAGCGGCUCCGUUAUUGGGACGUUAUUCUCAAUUACCGUUAACCUUAUCGGAGCAAUUAUUUUGACUCAUAUCAUCGCCUGGAAAAUUGCAUUGGUCUGCCUGUCUUUGGUGCCACUUCUACUUGGAGCUGGCCUUAUGGAGCUUCGAGUGCUCGGUAAAUUCGAAGAACGGCACGAAAAUGCAUAUACCAAGUCGGUCGAUAUUGGCGUAGAAGCAAUCACGUCAAUCAAAACAAUUGCGUCCCUUUCUCUUGAAGAAGAGACAAUGAAGACCUAUCGAAGGUCCUUGAAAGGCCCUCGCAAGGAGACAUUCAAAGUCACCGUACAAGCAAGCCUCUGGCAGGCCAUGACCUACUUCCUUGGCAACCUUGUGAAUGCGCUAGCAUAUUGGUGGGGUGCCAAACAAAUCAUAGCGGGCACCUACACGCAGACACAGUUCCUGAUCGUAGUGUUCUCUCUUCUUGUUAGUGCGCUGCUCUGGAGCCAGAUGUUUGUCUUCGCACCGGAGCUUUCCAGCGCCCGAGCGGCGAUGGCAAGAAUCUUGGGCUUAAUCGAGAUAGGCUCGGACAAAAUGCAAGGAAAUGUGCCUAGUCCUUCGCUCACCGGGUCUUCGAAAGAGAGAGACCUCGAGGCGACAGCUGAAACAAAACCGUCUUAUCCUUCUAGCAACCAGGCUUCGAGCGUACAGCUCCGCGAUGUCCAUUUUUCAUACCCUGCUCGGCCGGACAUAAAAGUGUUAAAUGGCCUGAACAUUGAUAUUCAGCCAGGGAAAUUCUGCGCCCUUUUUGGUCCGAGCGGUGCCGGUAAAUCGACAAUCAUUUCACUGGUCGAACGAUUGUACACGCCAGAAUCUGGAUCCAUCUUGAUUGAUGGCAUUGAUGUGACAAAACACCGAGAUGUGGCUUUCCGCGACACGAUUGCCUUGGUGCCACAAGAAAGUGUGCUCUUUGAGGGAAGUAUCGAGUUCAACAUUGGUAUUGGUGCUAGACCAGGGCACGAAGUGUCCAUAGACGAAAUUAAAGAGGCAUGUAACCUUGCCAAUAUCCACGACACUAUUGAAGCAUUGCCAGAUGGUUACAAUACUCUUUGUGGACCAAAUGGUAGCCAGUUCUCGGGAGGCCAGAAGCAAAGGUUGUCGAUCGCUAGGGCGCUCGUUCGAAAGCCUAAGCUGCUAAUUUUAGACGAAUCAACCAGUGCGUUGGACGCUGAAUCGGAGAAGCUAUUGCAAGAUGGGCUUGAGAAGGCCGCGAAGGGGAUUACUGUCAUUGCAAUUGCUCAUCGUCUACACACGAUAAGAAAGGCAGACACUAUCUUCUUGAUUGAAGCAGGUCAAUGCGUUGAUCGGGGAUCGCAUGAAGAAUUGCUUAAGAGGUCGGAGAGCUAUAGGGCUAACGUCAUGCAUCAAACAGUAGCAGAGUGA